AUGCAUGGCGAUCACGCUAAAAGUAUCGAAUAUGGUAAUAGUGAAGGAUACGUUUGGAGCGAAGUUAUUUGGCCGACAUUAAACUACAGUUGGAUAAAUGCUACACUGAGUGAAAAUGGAGAAUUCGAGAACGCUUCUAACGAAAAAACAAAACAUGAACAGAUAGAGGUACACUCUCAAAGCACAGGUGAAGUCAACAAAAAAGAUCAUAAUGCCAAUGAGAGGGAAGAAGUGCUGACGGUGGACUCUUCAGGAGACCUUGAUAAUAAGAGAAAGAUGAAACCGCCCCUUGAGCAACCAGAAUCUUCUACUAUCACUGAUGAUGAAGAAAAGAAAGAAGUGUUUAUUGAGGAAUCACAACCUUUAAUGAGUAGUGUGAAUGAAAAAAGCUCAGAAGAAUUUUUCGCACAACCACAACAGCACUUGGAGGCUGCCUCUGCGAGUGAGGAAGUUGAAACUGCUCGUUUCGAAGAAGCACAGCCCUUAACAAACGCUGUGUUUGCCGAGAAAAAAGAAGAAUUUUUAGAUCAACAGCAAGCACAGCCCUUGUCUGUUGCCACAGGUCAAGAGGAUGAGGUGGCAUCUGACAGAAAAUCACAAUUUUUGGCAGACAGAAAAACAGAAUCUUCUGAGCAGCCACAGUGGCAAAUUUCCGGUGUUGCUACAGAUGAAGAUAAUAAAAACACUUCUUCAAAAAAAGCAGAAUCCUUAGUGAGCAACGCAGACAAAAACAAAAGAGAAGAAUCUUUUGAGCAAUCACAGCUAGAAUCUUUGACUGCUGUUAGUGAUCAGGAUAGCAAAGCAACACUUAUUGAAGGUCGACAGCCUAUCACGAGUGCUGCAGAGAAGGAAAAAAAAGUAGAAACUUGUGAAGAACCACAACUUUUAAGCGUUACAAAAACUGGAGAAAGAGUGAUGGCAUUUGUCGGUGAGUCGUUGCCCACAGGCAGUCAUACAGAUAAAAGCCAGAAAGAACUUUCCCCUGAAAAGGCACAACCAUGGAUUACACUUAUUGAUGAGAUCAUUCAGAAAGUUAGUGAAGAGCUCAAAUCUGAGGAACCAGACUUUGACAGAAUUCUUCAAACAGAAAAAAUGAAUUUUGCCGACCAAACAACUAAACUUGCCGUCGAGAAAAUGCAACAUUCAGAGGAAAGGACAACGCGUGUGGUAAAUGAUCAGCAACUAAUUAAUGGUAGCAGAAACAGUGAACGAAAACCAGAAAGUGAGGAAUUACAGAAAGCCAACAGAAAAAAAUUGACGUCUCCAGUACACAUUACCGACAUUGACAUUGGCGUUGAGAGUAAUGAUGAUACUAAAAACGCAAACAUUUUGGCUAAGGAGAUUCUACUAGAAAAACACGAGCCUAGAGAAGAAACAAAUAAAGCCAAAAUAGUUGGUUUGUUUGAUAAAAAAACAAUAAGUGAAUUAGAAGAUUUUUCCGUCUACAAGAACGACAUGGGAGAUGAAUUAUUUAAGAAUCCAGACCAAACAGAAACGAUAGCAGAUUUAGCAAGUGUUCCUGAAGAAAAUACUACUGGUUCAUCUUACAGUGAAAAAACUAAUAAAGAACCAAUUCAAAGCUCUACAGUUGAUCAAAUUUCCGAAUCUUCAUACGUUAGUAACACGAAUAAAACAGGAAUUAAUUUUGAAACUGAAGUGAAGAACUUUUUAACCACCAUCGUGAAUAAUGUCGUUCAAGCAGCUGAAAAAGAAUGUUCUUCAGAAAACCAAUCUCAAUCAGUAAGUUUGUACGACAUUAAAGAUGCAAAAAAAGAAAAAAUGAUCGUUGAUUCAGAAAGUGAUCAAGUAGGAUCUGCGGAUUAUUUAGAAAAUCCUGAGGUAACAAAAAUGUGUACUGAGGGUGCUGAAAAGAGCAGCACAUUAAUCGAGAGCACUAAUCUGAUCAUUGAUGGUACGCACAGUCCAGUGGAAAAGAGCCAACAAACUGACAUUUUUGCAGAAUCUAAAAGGCUAGCAGAUGAAAAAUUAGAAUCUUUAAACCAUACAGAAAUCAUAUCCCCGCAGUCUUGUACGCAGGGAGGGUUGUCCAAUAUUCGGACAACAGCGUUGGAAGCAUCAGCUGAAAAUCAAACAAUGCGCGCUUUAGGAGUUAUUAGUUUCGACGCUUUGGGAAAUUUAGGUGUGGACAAUACUAUACCAGUAAUAAACGACGUCCCAAAACUGAUGGUUCAAGAAGAGGAAGUAUUUGGUCUUGACGGAGACGAAAGGGCUUGUGAGGCAAACAUGCCUGUUAUACAAAAGUAUGCUUUGGAAGUCACUGAGAAAAUAAUUGCUGAAGUUGAAUGCUUUGAAGCAAAACUUGAUGAUGACACGACAAAAAACGAGAUGCAUCCAGAAACUUUUCCACUAGCUCAUGAAACCGGUGAAAAAGAUAAAGAUUUUAUUUCUAGUCAACAACCUCUAGAUAUCUGUGAAGAUGUUACUAGUCAGAAAGGAAGACAAGAAGAUGAGUUGACGAAACAAUUCGUAGAGAUUAUUGACGAAACAAAGACAAAAGCAGAUCCUUUAUUAAGUGUCGAUAAUUCAACGAAAGAAGUAGCUCAAGAAGUUAUGAACGGCUCACUAUUUCUCGAAAACGUUAAAAACAGUGAAAGUCCUACGUCUCAGAAAGAUGAAAAGUGUAAAAAAGAAGAAAAUCCCAGAGAUCAAAAAGAAUCAGAAGUUAACGACAUUGAAGGGGAAGAGAAGAAUUUACCAGAAGCUGUUGCAGUAACAAACAAAGAAUUAUAUGCGGAAAAACCGGAAUCCUGGAGUGAAUUGUUGACGGAAGUCUCACAGCAAUCUCAAGUUGCUGAAAAAUACGUGGGCGAUGAUGACAUCCGAACGGUUUUACCAACGGAUAGUGAUGACAAAUCAAAGAAAGUAUCCACCGAUGAAAAGCAAAACUUUGCAACGCUAGAAUCUUUGAAAAACGAAAAUCAAAUAAACAAAUUCCCUAAUGGAGAAGAAAACAAGUGGACAAAAGUUUUAUAUGACACUCCAGGAUCCGAGUCAGAUGCGGUUGGCUUUGAACAAAAUUUGCCCAAGACAUUAAAAGAGGAGGAAUAUAGACAAGAGGAAAGUGGAAUGAGCGUUGACCAGUCGAGGUCAUAUGAUGGAGGGUAUGAAUUAACCGAUACCGAAUCCUACAGAAAAAGUGAUAGUUGUGUUUCGAGUUUCUCUACCGAAUUAAAGCAACAAGCUGAAAAUUGUGCGUCAGGUGAUAUUUUAGAAUCGUACGAUAAUAGUGAAGGUUCCGACUUUUUCUGUUCAAAAAGAAGUCCCAGUGGCUUUUCUUGUCGGCAUAGUUCACUAAUAACCGACACUGGAAAGCUAAUAAGUGAAGGGCACUUGUACCCAGUUGGAAUUUUGAGCACAAAUGCUAAGAUAGAAGCAGCAAGUAAUGAUAAAAAAGGUCUGAUAGAAAGUGUUAUAGCGGAAAAUCAGGCAUUUCGGUCUAAGAUGCUUCAAGGUAGCGAUUACUUUGAGCCAGAUAUUCGCCAGAGACCAGUUGUAGGAGAGCAAUUUACGCAAAAUGACUUUUUCGCGGAAGACAAUAGAACACGAUUAUUUGAAGAAAACGAUUCUAGAAAAAUGCAUUCACUGGAAAGCAUGCAGAGCGUUCAGCAGGAUUUGACAGAAAAGAGAAGCACCGGUAAGUACGAAGAAAAUAAAUCGGAUUUUAAGAGGCCUCCAACAAAAAGAGGCAGAGGGCAAUUCAAAGCACCGAACUUUGAAGAUGACAGUAACGACUUUGGAGGACGAAGGCGAACAAUUGACGAAACAAGAGGUAGGCGACGACGGCCAAAAAAUAAGAAACCGGCAAACGAAGCAUGA